CAGAAGCGCGAGUGAAUGAUAACAGAUACAAAUCAAAUGUAUAUAUAUAGCAUAAAACUGUCCUUGGGAAUCGUAGCAAAAAUAGCAUACUAAAAAUACAUAACGAACCAAUAGCGCUAAAGGUUCUCCCAAGUGGGUAAUACCACAUGAAGGUGAAAAGUGCGCUUCUAGAGCGAAAACAAGGAAAUUCAAAUUUCCAGAAUAAAAUUACAAAAUUAAGGCAUUUACCAAGUGAGUUCUGGGGAUCUAACAUUCCCGACAGUAAGUAACUGUCUUACACUCAACAUGAUUGAAAUCAACUGUUCACAGCUUCUCGUUAGAACUAUGAAAAUCGCCUCUUGAAAUUAGUCACUAAUGAAUACGAGGUCUUUAUGAGGUUAGAAAUAUAUCAGGUUAGACAUUCGCCACUAAAUUUGAUGGUUUUGGGUUCGAAACCUGAUGAAAUUUCUAGUGCGCAUUAUUAACAUGUCUCAUACUAGAACAGGGAAACUGUCUGUUCAUUGGCUGUUUAACUGUUGGGAUGUGUUCUGCUUGAUUGGUAUAUAAACAGAGUAUGCUUGAAAUAUAACGAUUCAUAUCUCAGAGGCUGAGACUUGCGUUCUGGACUUAACUGGCUGGGCUAGACAGGGAAGCGGGGCCAAUCAGAACUGUGGGCCAUUCUUACGUGUUUACGCGUCUUUGGUCUGGUCGAUAAUAAACUGCCCUCUAAUCAGCAGUCCACAAGUAUAACAUUAACUGAGGUCAAUUUGUGAUAUAAACUAUAAAAUCUAACAAUCUCUAAAGAUGUUUUACAUUAAUAAUAACAAUAAUUCGGUUACAAUAUACGAACACCAAUUUAUUUAUUGGUAGAAUGACCGACCAUUCAUUCAAUAAAUAUAUAAACAAAAUUAAGAACCAUUCAUAUUUUAGUUAUAAUAUUCUAUAGAUCAAAUGUAUGAUUUUUAAACUAUACCAUUAUAUUCUGUAGUCAAGGAUGAAUAAUUUUGAAACUGUUUUCAUUAGAUUAAACCAUGUUAAUAAUAUGAAGAAUUGGAUUUAUCAAUGGAUUAUAUAUUUAUUAAUUUACAAUAUUGUCAUUCCAUGUCAAACUAAUGAAAUUUACAAUACGACAUUUAAUCAAGCAUUAACUUGUAAUUCAUUACUUACAAGUAAUGUAUUACAAUAUUAUAUGGAACAAUUAUUAACUCAUUAUGGUAACGAUAGUGCAUACAUAAUUGGUAAUCCAAUCAAAUUUGGUACUGCUGAAUUUUUCGACAUAAGAAUUAGUGGUUUAUCUGCUGUACAAUUCUCAGAACCAGUUGAUAUUAUUGAUCUACCAUCAGGAAACAUACGAAUGAUAUUUCCGUUAUUAUUUGACUAUCUUGUUAUAAAUGGUAAAAUGAAAAUGAUCAUGUUUGCUACUAAACCUCGGUCAGUUGAAAUUAAAAUUAAAUCAAUCAAAAUAUAUUUGGAUUUACUACUUAUACAACCAAUGGACAAUGAUUUAUUAUUACCAAUUCGUGUGAACAAAGUUACUGUUAUCCAUUGGAAUAAUCUUCGAUUUGAUAGUAAAGGUGUUUUUACAAUCUUUUUUAAAAUGUUCAAUCAAUUUCGUUUAUAUGAUGGUAUCAUUAAACGUUCAAUUGAAAAAGAAAUUUAUCAACAAAUUGAAAGAUCAUUAAAUUCAUUUUUUAAUCAUUAAAAAAAGGAAUAGAAGUCAAUUGUUUAUAUUUAUUUCAUUGUAAAAUUGAAUAAUUUUAUUUUGUUUUAUUAAUUAGUAAUUGAAAUCAAUAUUAUAUAGUUGUAAGUUCUAUUUAAGCAAUAGAGUUAGACAAGAUUGCACAAUCUCAACAUUCCACUUGAAUUUUGUUAUUGAUAACGUUCUGGUAACAGUUUUGAUUGAUGUAGAAAAUGGUAGUGUGGAUUUAUUGUUUAGAGAAAGACUUCUUUACUUUAAGUAUGCAGGUGAUACCCAAGUCAUACAAUCCGCACUUAAUCAGUUGGCAAUUAGUGCCUGUAGGUAUGGUAUAUGCUUUGCACAUUCCCGGUGCAAAGUUCGUGUAUAUGUGUAGUUGCAUAAGUACUGGUGGUGGUGUGAGUGAUGAGAUCAAUUCACGUAUAGUGAAAGUCAAAGUGGCCUAUGCUAAUCUGGGUCAUCUUUGGCGCCCUCGUUCUGUCAGAUUGGCUGUAAAAUCUGAAUCUAUAACACGUCAGUGAGAGCGGUUUUGUUCUAUGGUUGUGAAACCUGGCGUCAUCAAGUUGAGAAUGUUAGACUACUCUUUGUGUUUGAUUAUCGUUGUCUCCGAAGCAUUGCUGCCAUCCAGUGACAAUACCAUGUAAGUAAUGCAAAGGUUCGGCAUCGUGUGUUUGGGUAUAGCGACGGUAAUUAAAUUUCUAUCACUAUCUUGGAACAUCAACUUCGGUGUCUUGGACAUGGCUUACGAAUGUCGUCCCAGCUAGUUCCACAUCGUGCAUCAUUUGCUGACUCUGUGACCGGUUGAAAAAACAGAGAGGUGGUCAGUGUACGACAUGGUGUCGUGAUACGAAAGAAAUCUGUACAGGACUGGCUUCGGUUGGUCCUUGACGAUUCCCUGGUUGGGGUCCUAGAGAUGGUGCGACAUAGUGGCUAGAGACGUUAUCAGAUAUGGCUCAGAAUAGAAGCCAGUUGCCAUCCUGCUGUAACUUUAUUUUACUUUUUCCAUAAAAAAUAGACGUAUCUUCUUUAACUGGAGGAAAUUUUCUAGUUGUACAUAUGAAGACGGCCCACGAGUGAACUCGAGGAAGCUGUAGGAGGCUCAGAAGGAGCCGUAGAUAUUCCACCCAAUCACCUUUUGGAAGAAUAUUCUAGAAUCCCUACGUGUAGCUUCCCGAUUGGAUAAUGCUAAUAACCCCCUGUAUGUGGAUUGGAGGACUGUAAUGAUGAUUUCGUUUUUACUAAAAACUAUUAGUACCUGACAAUUUUGUAUUGUAAUUGACACUGUCUGGGAAAAAUAUCCCUUUCAUUAGUCUUCUGUCUUCUCAUUGCGACUUGCAAGGGUUUUGGCGUUCUAGUGCUCACGUUAUACGCGGUAUAUCAAGAACAACCUUCUAGAUAUAACAGUACAUUUUCUGACUGAACUGCUUUUCCCAUUAUUAUAACUUCACUCUCAUACACUAAUUUCUGUUCGUUAUUGUUCCCAUUUUUCUUAUACGCACCAUACAUUCUCUAUCUCUUCACAUUCUCAUUGUUACUGUGUGGCGCAUGUAUUUGAUGCUCCUUUAUACCAAUAUAUAUGUGUUCAAACAAAUAAAUGUAUAUUUGUAAAAUAAAUAAUUUGUAUUCAAGUAAUUUUACGUUUCUUUCGUGCGUCGUUUUGUUUUUCGAGUUUUUCUCAUUUAUGUUACCUGGUAGUGUAGGAGAGACUUCCGUCUACUAACAAAAAUGACGAGUAUACUGCUUAGCAGUUAGCUUUCUCUUCUAUUUUAUGAGUGAGAAAUUCGACAUUUAGAAAGGAUAAUAAUAAUAAUAAUAAUAACAGGUGAGACUAUAAUUUAUAGACUAACCAAUCAGAUAUAAAAUAAUGAGUCUCGUUUUUGGCACGAAAUUCAUCCACACAUUUGGCUAAAUAAAUUUUUGGCAUUAUAGCUGAUGUCAGUUCGUGAUGAAAACCCUAAAUCUAAUUUUUAACCCUAACAAUCAACUGUAAAUGAGAAUUCUAACUGCUUUAUAAUCCUCACUUAGUCCUAUUCAGUAGGCGUCCACUCUCAAGGUCACUUCAGCGUCGCUCAAAG